UGAAAGUCUUUCAGACGCAAGCAAAGCUGGCCAAUCUGAUUGUCCAGGGCGUUCCCCGUCUUUCUUCCAAGGCCAUGACAGCUGUAAGGUGCUGCCAGGCUGCUGGCUGCUGGCUGCAGGUGCGGCGUGUUGUCACCCGAUCCCCCGUCCACACCAGACGAGCCAGCAGCCUUGAAGCAGGCUCAAGACCAUCUGAGGAAGAACAACUCCGGGAAACGGCAGCUGCAGGUCUGCCCGUCUCUGCGGCCGGGCUGGGGUCUUUCUUUCAGGACAGACCUGUGCUCAAGAACCCUUUUCUGGAGGAUGCCCUACUGAGGGGAUACUUGAGGAGGCACCUGCCUCAAGAGGAUGUCUUCACAGACUUGUGUGCCUUUGGCAACCGCGUGGUGACGGAGGUGGACACAUGGGGGAGAGAGUGCGAAGUCACUCCCCCGCGACUGAUCCACUUUGACCCUUGGGGUCGCAGAGUGGACCACAAAAUGAAAGCGCUGUCAGCAGAGGAGGGAUUGGUCGCCAUUGCCUACGAGAGGCGGUUUGGAGAGUGGAGCCGAGUUUAUCAAAUGAGCAAGUUGUACAUCUUCUCCCCGUCCUCUGGCCUCUACACUUGCCCUCUGGCCAUGACUGACGGGGCUGCCAAAGUCAUCCAGUCCGUAGGGGUUUCCUGGCCUGUAGAAGAAGCCUUCAGGCGACUAACCAGUCGUCAGCCUGAACAUUUCUGGACAUCAGGGCAGUGGAUGACAGAAAGACAAGGAGGCUCAGAUGUCGCCGGUGGCACAGAAACAGUGGCUGUACUCCAAACAGAUGGUCACUACAAACUUUACGGUUUCAAGUGGUUCACAUCAGCCACUGAUGCAGACAUGACUCUUACGUUGGCCAGAGUGAGAGAUAAAACAGGAACAACAACACCGGGCAGCCGAGGUUUGUCUCUCUUCUACGCAGAGGUGAGUCGAGACCAAGACGGCUGUUUGAGAGGGAUUGAAGUUCAGAGGCUGAAGGACAAACUAGGCACCAGACAGAUGCCCACGGCCGAGUUGCUGCUUGACGGCCUCCGGGCACACCGGCUCUCAGAUGAAGGGAGAGGUGUGGCCUCCAUCGCAAACAUGCUGACUAUAACCAGGAUCCACAACAGCAUCUCUGCAGCAGCAGCAAUGAGAAGGGUGGUCCAUUUAGCGCGUGACUACGCCACUCGCCGCUCCGCUUUCGGAAAGCUUCUUAAAGACCACCCGCUUCACAUGCAGACCCUUGCCAGGAUGGAGGUAGAGACCCGUGGGGCUUUCCUCCUGGUGAUGGAUGCGUGUCGCCUGCUGGGACGAGAGGAGAGCGGCAUCGCCACUCAGCUCGAGACGCACCUCUUACGUCUGCUCACGCCUGUCGUCAAACUCUACACUGGGAAACAGGCGGUUGCUGUGGUGUCAGAGGGUUUGGAGAGCUUUGGCGGGCAGGGCUACAUCGAGGACACGGGGCUGCCGGGACUACUUCGCGAUGCACAGGUGCUGAGCAUAUGGGAAGGAACAACAAAUGUUCUGUCCCUGGACGUCCUGCGCUGCGUGGCCCGGAGCUCGGGAAUGGUCCUCCAUGCUUAUUUCAACCACGCCAAAUCUCUACUCGCAGGCGCUUCAAGCGUUUCCUCUUUGGGCCCAGCGGUGAGAGCAGUGGACGCGGCUCUCUCUGAACUGGAAGGUUUCGUGCAGGAGGCGGCGGCCAGAGCGCCGAGCUAUCUGCAGCUGGCAGCCAGAGACUUGGCGUACAGCCUCGCCCGCAUCUAUGCAGGUGCCCUUCUCGUUGACCACGCAAGUUGGGAAGGGGCGUCCCCAGCUGACAUCUACGCAGCUCUCAGGUGGUGUGAACAGGACCUGUGCAUCGUGGCAUCCAACAAGGGGAAAGGACGCUACGGCGCUAAUUGCCAAGGACUUGAUUCGGCGUUUGUGUACGACCAAGUUAUGGAUGCCAACACCUAAUUCAUACUUUUAUUUUUAAAUGAUAAACAGUACUUCAGCUUUAUUAAUGACAAUAAUCAUGCACUUUUUAGAUAGUUGUUACUGAGCAAAUGAAAGUCACAUUUAUUUGCAUGGCCAAUGGAAGAGGUCUGUCUGUGAAAACAAUUACAAUACAUAAUAGCCUGUCGUUAUCCGAGCCGCUUAUCCUCACAAGGGUGGCAGGAAAGCCCAUCCCAGCUAGCUUCGGGCGAAAAGGCGGACUGCGCCCUGAACUGGUCGCCAGUCAGUCGCAGGGCAGAUAUGGACACCAUCACUGAGUGGGAAUUGAUCCCCCGCUACCACUACACCAUCAGUGACUUACAAUCCAUAAUAUUUCUUAUAUAUUAAUAUUGUAUAACCUCAGUGUGUCUUUUUAAAUACAUGUUUACAUGUUUGAUUUAGGCGGCAUAUUUGGUCAGCUGGUAAAGCGUUGGCCUCAUAGUUCUGAGUUCUGAGUUUGAUCCUGGUCCCGUCUGUGUGGAAUUUGCAUGUUCUCCCUGUGCCUGCAUGGGUGGGUUUUCUCCGACAUCCCCAAAACGCAACAUUAAUUGGAAACUCUAAAUUGCCCAUAGGUGUGAUUGUGCGUGCGAUUAGCUGGCGACCAGUUCAGGGUGUACCCCGCCUCCUUGCCAUUGACAGCUGGGAUAGGCUCCAGCACGACCCUAGUGAGGAUAAGCGGCAAAGAAAGUGGAUUGAUGGAUGUUUGAUUGAAAACAAACGGUGGAGCGUGUACAGUUGGAGCGCAUGAUGAAGUUCAACAGCCGUGGUGCCUUCAAAAGCUUAGAAAACGUGGAAAUAUUAAAUGGUCCUCCUGAACAUAAAUUUAAAAAAUGUUUGACUUUUUCAUUUGUAUGUUGUAAAUGUGUUAUUCUCGUCCUCCAUUGGUUAUAC